AUAAGGGGCCGAGCCCAACCCCUGAAUUAAAUGAUUUGGAGGGGUGUCCCAAAACCUUUAGCAGUAUUGUGUACAAUGGGACACACACACAAUUUCGUGAUGCCAUUUAAUCCACAGCGCAUGUCUUUGGACUGUUGAAGGAACUUUUAUUUAUUUAUUAAUAACCAGGAAAGCAGGUUUUAUAACUCUGGGUUAGGCUUAAGGUUUGGAAACUCAUAUCAAAAACUCAAAAUGAAUUUUACACCAUAAAACUGGGACUGGACAUGUUAUUUCUGACACUGUUUCAGCCUCGAUAGGAAUCCUCGCGUUUUCUCCUCAACCAAAACGGAAACCUACUAGAAACGUCUCAUUAAAUGAGCGUAAUUGCAGACACCUGGUGUGAACAUGUACAUGUUUCUGCCGUUAACAACCACGGUGGAUGUCGACAAGGUCAACCGGGUUGAGAAAGAAAAAAGAAAGAAGAGAAAAGAGAGAUGUUUCUCAGGCUUCGAGCUAGCGAGAAAUUUCUCGACCUCCAUUUGACGACUGGGCUUCAUGACUGGGACAUGAACGAGGAGAUUCACCUGAGCACGACGACAGACCAGUUUUAUCAGGAUGAUAAGAGAAACGAGCAGUAUUUGGCACAGUGGCAUUACGCUAGAAUCUCGAGGAGAACUUUACCUGAAGAGCUGCACGAGCCAAAUCCUGCUGACUGUAAAGAAUCUGUAAUACAGCCAAAUCUGUGGUUGAUGGUGAACCCGUGUCUGGCUUGUCCCAUCAAAUAUCCUGUUCAAGACAAAAAGCCAUCGCUUCCAAAACAGACAAUAGACAGAUCUGCGUCAGGUCCUGCCCUAGCUAUGUCUGGACAAAACCUGCACCUGCUGCCGUUGUCUGAUGAAACCUGUCUGGAUGAAUCACUGCAUGACGCGUCUCUCUCGAGUGAAUAUCAGCUCACAGAUGAGGACGACGCAUCCUCGGAAGAAGUGGCAGUCUGCCGUAAGGUGAAAGGUACCCGGAGGGGUCGAGCCCCCAAGGAGGCGUCGUCACGCAGGCUGGGCCUGGCCCAGAGCAGGAGGCUGCAGAGGGUCCUGCAGGACAGCCACAACCUGAAGACCGGCGCCUGGCCUCGGCCUCCUGUCAACUACUGCAUCCUCAUCGCCAUGGCACUGAGCAGCAGUCGCUCCGGCAGUCUGAACGUCCAGCAGAUCUACAAUUUUACCAGGGAGCACUUCCCUUUCUUCAUAACGGCGCCCGACGGCUGGAAAAACACAAUCCGCCACAACCUGUGUUUCAGCAACAGCUUCAGAAAGACGCCGCAGCAGGUGACCGGCGACGGGAAGAGGAAGUCCUGCCUGUGGCACCUGACUCUGGACGGUCGGAGAAGACUGAGGAACGAAAUCCACACGCUCACGGCCGACUCGUUCAGAAUGCUGAAGAGGAGCAUGAACUAUCCAGAUAUGAUUCAAGCGCUGUUCGAGUUGUAACCUGAUGCAGGAGCCUGGAGGAUUUAAAAGAAGAUGGAAAAUGGACACACUUUCACAAUUUUGCUCGUGUAUGCACUGGAGCUGUUGAUUUUCUUGCACAUUGUUUUUUUUCUUUUGUUUAAUUUUUCUUACUGUCAAAAUAAAAAUACUGUUAGUACACUUACUACUGCGAAUGUUUGUCUUGUUAAAUGUAUUUAACAAGAUUAUAUAAUAAAUUAUGUCAAGUUUUAGAAAGAGGUUAAUUAUGUAGGAGUCUGCUAGGAAGGGUGCAAGAAGUGUAAUUGUCGAUAUGGUUGUAGUUUUGGGUGAUGAGAAUAUUAUAAAAUGUCAAUGUAAGGAGUCUACAGUGUCAGUGCUUUUGUAAAAGUUGGAGGUGAAGCUGUAACUUCAUUUUCAGUCAUGGAGGG